UGUGCUGACUCUCCAAUAUUUAGGUUAUGAGGAAUUAGGUUUCAAGAAAUAUUGCUAACUACUUUGUUCUGCUUUGUGUUAUCACCUGGAUGAAGGUUGGCAAGUUCUGCGAAAAGCAGACAUGAAUUUGUCUUCCAGAAGAGUAACAUUGCCUGCAGUUAUUCCAAUAACUCUGGAGAAAAGGGUAAUCAAAGUGUAUAGUGAAGAUGAUACUAGCAGAGCUUUGGAAGUACCAAGUGAUAUAACAGCCAGGGAUGUGUGUCAGCUCUUAAUAUUGAAGAACCACUAUGUUGAUGACCACAGCUGGACUCUCUUUGAACAACUUACCCACACAGGUUUAGGAAGAGCUAUAGAAGACCAUGAAUUAGUAUUGGAAGUCCAGUCAAAUUGGGUAAUGGAGGAGGAAACCAAACUGUAUUUUAGAAAAAAUUAUGCAAAGUAUGAGUUUUUUAAAAAUCCACUGAGCUUUUUUCCAGAUCACAUGAUAUCUUUUCCAAGUGAGACCAAUGCAGCACUAAGCCACUCUGGGAUAUUACAGAUGUUCCUUAGCUCCAGCACGUAUCCUGAGAUUCAUGGUUAUUUGUAUGCAAAGGAGCAGGGGAAAAAAUCAUGGAAAAAAUUGUACUUUCUUUUGAGAAGAUCUGGCCUUUAUUUUUCUACUAAAGGUACAUCUAAGGAGCCAAGGCAUCUGCAGUUUUUCUGUGAAUUCAGCAAUAGUGAUAUGUACAUGUCUUUAACAGGCAAAAAGAUUUCUGGAGCACCAACAAUCUAUGGAUUCUGCUUUAAGCCUAACAAAUCAGGAGGAACCAGAGACCUGAAACAACUGUGUGCAGAUGAUGAACAAAGUAGGACCUGUUGGAUGACAGCAAUUAGGUUACUCAAGUAUGGGAUGCAGCUGUAUCAGAAUUACAUGCAACCAUAUCAAGGUAGAAGUGGCUGCAGCCCUUUGAAUAUAACACCUAUGAGAAGCAUUUCAGAAAAUUCUUUAGUAGCCAUGGAUUUCUCAGGACACAGAAGCAGAAUUAUAGAAAAUCCAACAGAAGCGCUUUCAGUUGCAGUUGAAGAAGGAUUAGCAUGGCGGAGGAGAGGGUGUCUCCGACUCAACUCACAUGGUAGUCCUAUUGCCAUGUCUAACAUGGCUAUACACAGAUCUCAGUCGUGGUUUCAUCAUAAAAUCUCUAGAGAAGAGGCUCAGAGACUUAUUUUGCAGCAUGGACUUGCAGAUGGGGUAUUCCUGGUACGUGAUAGCCAAAGUAACCCCAAAACCUUUGUAUUGUCACUGAGUCAUGGAUUAAAAAUAAAACAUUUUCAAAUUGUACCAUUGGAAGAUGAUGGGAAGCUGUUCUAUACCCUUGAUGAUGGUCAUACCAGAUUUACUGAUCUCAUCCAGCUAGUGGAAUUCUACCAGCUUAAUAAAGGAGUACUGCCUUGCAAGUUAAAACACUAUUGUGCACGGAUUGCUCUAUAACCAAAGCGUUUGUUGUUUCAUCAGAGGGAAAGGAAGAUACUAGUAUACUUUUUCCCCCAAAGGCAAUUUGUAUAGCAAAAAGGCGGGGGGGACCCAUUACAUUGUAAAGAUUCUAUGUUUAAGCUGAAAAAAAAAAUUAUAUGUAGAUAAGAACUUUGCUUUGUGAUUGUCACAGCAAAAUUAACUUUAUGGUUUUGAAAAACCAUUCUUUCCUAUGUAAUUCUUUAGUGUUGUCUUGGACUUUCUGGGUUUUCUUUUCAACUGAAAACAGUUUUGAAAAAUAUUGUGUAACUCCUGCAAAAAUAUAAAUGAAGGAAGAUCUUUGUUCUAAGGUUUAAAAUUAACUUUUUUCUCUAUAAAUGUUUCUCAUAAUUUCUGUUCAUCACAUAAAAAAAUAACAUUUACUGUGGCAAGGAUCAGAAGCUGAACUGCACACUUUAUUUGUAAAUAAAAUAAAUAAAUAUUUUGCACUAUAUUUUUGAAUGCUGCUUUGAGGAUUAUCAUAUCCAAAAAGUGAAAAAUCAUUAAAACCACUUAUAACUGCUCA